AUGUCUUCGGCACCGCUUCUACAAGCUACUCCCGGCAAGCGAAUUGCUCUGCCCACCAGGGUCGAGCCUAAAGUGUUUUUUGCCAACGAGAGAACAUUCCUCUCGUGGCUGAACUUCACCGUGGUUCUUGGAUCGCUGGCUAUUGGUCUUCUCAACUUUGGCGAUAAAGUGGGGAGAAUCUCGGCCUCGUUAUUUACGCUGAUUGCUAUGGGCACCAUGAUCUAUGCACUGGUCACAUACCAUUGGAGAGCCGCUGCCAUCAGAAGACGUGGGUCUGGACCUUACGACGAUCGGUUUGGCCCUACGAUGCUUUGUUUCUUCCUGCUUAUUGCUGUGAUUGUGAACUUUGCGCUGAGAAUAAGGGCCUAG